AGUUUUCAUCGUUGGAUUCGACGCACCGCCGGCGGUGUCUUCUCCCGCGACAUUAAAAAGGCGCGAAUCUUCCCUCUAGAAACAGCAAGUGUCGUUGCUCUCUUCUUAUCUCGGCGACGACGAGGAGGAAGAGGAGGAUGAGCUACUACAACCAGCAGCCACCAUCGGUCGGCGUCCCGCCGCCACAAGGAUAUCCGGCGGAAGGGCACGCCGCCAAUGACGCCUAUCCGCCGCCUGGGUACGGCGGCUACGCCUACCCUCCUCCUCAGCAAGGGUAUCCGCCGGCCGGCUACCCUCCUCCGCAGGGCUACCCGCCGGCCGCCUACGCCACCGAGCCACCGCCCCAGCAGCAGAAGCAGCAAAGCAGUAGCCCUUCCUUCGUCGAGGGAUGCUUGGCGGUUCUUUGUUGCUGCUGCGUUUUGGAGGCUUGCUUUUGACAUGGGGAUUUGAGCUUGGCAUCUUGUUUGAUCUACUUCUCCUUCAGUUGUUGUUUGUGCCUCUUCUCUGUCUUUGUUUUGCUUUUGCUGUGUUGCGUUGUGUGAUGUUUAAUGUGUGGUAUUUUGUGUUGAUUCAAUUUGUUAUCAAAGGCUGAAAAGAUUUGAUACAAACAAUCGAGACAGAGAUAAAUCUAUGCGAUUUGUUAGUUUAA